UAUAAACGUCUUCCGUCGCUCCAUUUUCCAUCGAGCGUCGACGACGGAGAGGUGUGCGGCUUCGGCAARAGACGGUGAUAGCGAGGGCUGUGAAUAGCAUCAAAAACGACCCAGUCAUGCAUCGGGAAUGUCCCCUCGACUGUAAGGUCUACGUUGGUAAUUUGGGAAAUAAUGGAAACAAAACAGAGCUGGAGAGAGCGUUUGGCUACUAUGGCCCUCUCCGCAGCGUUUGGGUGGCCAGGAACCCCCCAGGUUUUGCUUUUGUAGAGUUUGAAGAUCCCCGGGAUGCCACUGAUGCUGUCCGAGAACUCGAUGGGAGGACACUAUGUGGAUGCCGGGUACGAGUGGAGCUGUCCAACGGUGAGAAACGUAACCGCAACCGGGGCGCUCCCCCCUCGUGGGGCAGGCGUAUUCGAGACCGAGACGACUAUCGGCGUCGUAGCCCUCCGCCCAGGCGAAGAUCUCCACGCAGGCGGAGCCUGAGCCGCAGCCGAAGCAGGUCUUUAUCCAGAGACAGGAGGAGAGAGAGGUCCCUCUCCCGGGACAGGAACCACAAGCCCUCUAGGUCCUUCUCUCGAUCAAGGAGUCGCUCCAGAUCAAACGACAGAAGAUAAAAAGUCUGCCGGGUGUAAAAGGAGCUGAAGAUGAACGUUUGAACAUGCUCGUCCGUUUGUAUGAAGGACCUGAGCGUGACCACGUUUUUUUUUUUUUUUUUUUUUUUUUGUGUUGAUUGGGUGUGUUCAGGUCUUAUCAUUGUCACCUGAUCAGUGUGUUGUCAGUCUUGACACCACCUGUCUCACCCUGCAUUCCAGAGUUUAAUCUCUUUUGAGCUUUGGUUUUCAUCCGUAGAUGUUUUUGUGGGUUGACGAUGUGAGUAGUUCGGUCAUUUUUCACUGUAAGUGUGAUGUUUUUUUCUUUUGUUUGGCUUUUUUUUAAUAAAAGAAAUGGAAAUGUACACAUUUCCUCUUGUGAAGACCACCCAUUUUCAACUUGCAGUUUAGUUUUAAUCUGAUUCUUAUUCAAGAAGCAAAGCUACAGCAUUUAUUCAGACAUGUAGAGUUCAACUUUUGAUCUAAUAAGUUUUACAUUGCUCUUUUGUUUGAUACAAUGUGAAGUAGUCUCAAUAAAAAUGCUGGUUUGUCAACCUGG